CGCACUCUCUGUCUGAGGGAGCAAACCAUUGUACGCACAGAGAGAAAGAAAGGAAGAUCGAGGAGGAUGGCGUUCAUGCGGUACGACUACAGGGCGCUGCCGCAGGAGACGACGGUGGAGGAGUUCCGGGCGUGGCUGGCGCAGUUCGACGCGGACGGGGACGGGCGGAUCAGCCGGGAGGAGCUGCGGGAGGCGCUGCGCAGCCUCGACCUGUGGUUCGCCUGGUGGAAGGCCCGGGAGGCGCUGCGGGACGCCGACGCCAACCGCAACGGCCUCGUCGACGGCGACGAGAUGGCCAGGCUCUACGCCUUCGCGCGCACCAACCUCCACCUCAAGGCCGCCGACCUCGACGCCUAGCCGUAGCCUGGUACUAGCAGCAUCAGCCUCCCAAUAAUCUCUGUCCGAUCGGUCCAUCCAUCAGAUACGUACGUACGUACUCCUACUAGCUGGCUUGGAUGCGAUUGCUCGUGGCUGGUUGAUUGGUACAGUAUUAGGUUGUAAAUAAUCAGUGAAGUGGAUUUUGUGUUGUGUGU